UGUAGAUAAGAAUGUUAUCUUUUCGCAAUUUGGUUCGAGUGGUCCCGCAAGCAAUUCAAAGAACAGCACCUACUGCAACUGCAGUCAAACAACUCUCAAUUUUACCCUCUAGGAGCUCAACAACUGCCAGUACAGCUAACACACUUCAUCGAACAUCAGUGCCACCCGACACUACAGAACGACUGCGUACUUUUGGCCAGUAUGUUGCCGACUGUUUGCCCAAAUAUAUCCAGCGAGUCAUGAUCCAGCAUGGAGACGAACUGGAACUGUGUAUACAUCCGGACGGAAUAGUUCCGGUUAUUAUGUUUUUGAAGGACCACCAUAAUGCGCAGUUUAAGAGUCUGGCAGAUAUAACUGCAAUUGAUGUGCCGGGCAGACCUUACAGGUUUGAGCUGGUCUACAAUCUCCUGAGUCUGAGGUACAAUUCUAGAGUGAGAGUGAAGACAUACACUGAUGAGCUGACUCCAGUAGAGAGCAUCUUCAAUGUACACAAGGCAGCCGACUGGUACGAGCGUGAGUUGUGGGACAUGUUCGGUAUCUUCUUCGCUAAUCACCCCGACCUCCGUCGCAUCCUCACAGACUACGGCUUCGAGGGGCACCCCCUCCGAAAAGACUUUCCCCUCUCCGGAUUCGUCGAAAUCAGGUACGACGACGAAUUGCAGCGAAUAGUGCAGGAGCCAGUGGAGCUGGCCCAGGAGUUCAGGAAGUUUGACCUUGAGUCGCCGUGGGAACAGUUCCCCGAAUUCAGAACUCCGUUGAUUGAACCGGCCAAGGAAGAGGAAGUGAAGGAUGAGCCACAGGAGAAGAAAUAGAUUUUAAUAUGUAACCCUGCAAUUGAUGCAAACAAAAUUGAUGAAAUUUAACAUUUAGCUGUUUGC